AGGAGAUCCUUCGACGGUCCGCUCGUCAUCACCCCCCAAAUCGAUCGCUCGAUCGAUCAAUUAGGUCAGAAAGUUCAGUCGAAGUUCCGUUCCGUUCCUUUCCCUUCACUGCGAGUUUGACCAUGGCCGGAGGUAAGAGGAGAUCGAAUUCUUCGAGGAAGAACACCGGCGGCGGCAGCAGCAACGGCGGCGGCGGCGGGAGCAACGGCGGCGGCGGCGGCGGCGGCGGCGGCGGCGGCAACUUCAAUCGGAGCAACGGCAAAUCCGACCGCAGGGACGAAAGAAGAAGGGGACGAGGAGGAUUCAGCGCUCCGGCGUCGAUCAGGGCCGGCCGCUUCGUCCAAGGCGGCGUCUUGUCGGAGUGGCAGCUCAAGACCCCGUCACCGGCCCCUCGGCGAGGACCGAAUCAAAACUCGGAUGCGUCGAAAGCUGGAAGCUCCGGGCGAGGUAGAGGUUCCGGUUCUAAAAGCUUGCCGCAAAGUUCAAAGUCGAAUGCUUUCGGAUACCGGUAUCCGUCGCUUGACCUUGAGGAUGGUUUGCAUCCAGUGUCGACCUUUGGAGAUACAAAUGGAGAGAAUAAAUUGGAUUUUUCUCAGCCUUUCAUUGUGUGUGGUUCGAAGGAGAACCAAAUUAUUGCUUAUGUAGACGAAGGGCCAUCAUCAAUGGAUCAAGCAAAUGUCAGUUAUGAGUAUCAUUCAGAUUUUGUUCUGGGUGAUAGCCCACACACAGGAUUGGGUUAUUUUAAUGAAAACGAUGCAGCUCCAACUGGAAUUGAAGCAUCUUCAGGGAAAAUGGAAAAUCGAGAAGAGUCAGAGAGUCCUAUGUCAUCGCCUGAACAGGAAGACGAUGAUUGUGAGAACUUUGACUGUGGAGCACCUGAAAAGAGGGCUCAGCUUUUGUCAAAGAAGACAUCUUCAAAGAAAAAUUCUGGGUUCGUAUCAAUUGGGGGAUUAAAAUUAUAUACAGAAGAUUUAUCUGAUGAGGAAGAUGGCGAGGAUGAUGUUGCGGAAUAUAGUGAUGAGGAAGACUCGGAGGCGGAGUCGGCUGAGCAAGAUGGAGCAACAGAUUCUUCUGAAAGUGAUGACUCCGGGGAUAUGUCUGAUAGUGGUUCGGAUGUUGAUGAUGACAUUGCUCAAGAUUAUUUGGAAGGAAUUGGUGGGAGUGAUUCUCUUUUAGAUGGAAAAUUAUUGUUACAGCAGGUUUCUUAUUCAUCAGAUGAUUCAGACGAUUCUUCUAGUAGCGAUUUGGAUGAAACGUUGAAAAAAUUGGGUGGAAUUGCUCUCCAGGAUGCUUCCACGGAGUAUGGUAUGCAGAGGAAGCCUCAAUCAAAACAUCAAGGUCAUGGGACAGUGAGAGAUAAUUGGUCAUCAGCUGCGGAUGAUUUUAUCUUGGUAAGAGAUGUGAGGACUCUUUCAGCCAAGAAGAAUCGUGGUGCAAGAGUGCCUCUAUCUCGGUCAUUGGAGUCUCAGAAGAGUACAAGAUCGAGAAGAUUUCCUGGUGAAAAGAAGAAACAUCGCAAAGAAUUGAUUGCUGCUAAACGCCGGGACAGAAUGAUUCGUAGGGGCGUUGACCUUGAGAGAAUAAAUAAGAAGCUGGAGCAGAUUGUUCUCAAUGGAGUUGACAUACAUUCUUUUCAACCUAUGCAUUCUCGGGAUUGUUCCCAGGUUCAACGAUUGGCAAGAAUUUAUCGGUUGCGAAGUGGCUCCCAAGGAUCGGGCAAGAAAAGAUUUGUGACGGUUGUGCGAACUCCACAGACUUGCAUGCCAUCUUCAACUGAUAAACUUAUACUGGAAAAGCUCAUUGGACCUGUUGAUGAUGCUGAUUUCUCGGUAAUUGAUGUCCCACAUGCGAGGACGACAAGUGGAGGUCGAAAUCAGGUAAGGCCUCAAGAAGCUAAAAAAUCUAGCAGAAGCAAGUCAUUAAAGAAAUCAGUUAACCGUUCCAGUGGAAAGGUGUCAUUGGCCAGUCAACCUGUGUCUUUCGUGUCAAGUGGUGUAAUGCCAUCUGAAACGACAGAGAUCAGCCCCAUGAAUCUACCCGGGGCCAGUGAAAUCAGUGAGGAGCACGUGACUCUGGUCACUUCUGAGAACUUUGGUGCAUUUGAGCUACACACGAGGGGCUUUGGGUCAAAAAUGAUGGCGAAAAUGGGAUUCAUAGAAGGCCAAGGGUUGGGGAAGGGAGGCACCGGUAUGGCGGCGCCCAUCGAAGUGAUUAAGCGUCCUAAAUCUCUUGGAUUAGGGAUGAGCGUCCCUGAAUCUGGCAAAGAACCAGAAAGAAACAGGGAGUCAGAAUCUCAAAGCGCUAAGUCAAAGCAAAGUGGCAGAGGAGGAUCUGUGAGAAGAACGCCUCAAAGUGUCGGAGCUUUUGAAAGGCAUACCAAAGGGUUUGGAUCCAGAAUGAUGGCGAAGAUGGGAUUUGUUGAAGGUAUGGGUUUGGGAAAGGAUUCUCAGGGCAUAGUCAACCCCUUGGCUGCUGUCAGGCUCCCGAAAUCUCGAGGAUUGGGUGCCACUGGUUAAGAUAUACCCGUGUCCAACCUCAGCAAGCAGCUGCUUAGUAAGUUAUUCUACUUUGCGGUCAAGAUUAUGAUUGUAAAUAUCCUAGUGACAAUUAUUCUAAUUCUGUCUUAAGUUGGGUGGAAUUUGUUACACUGGUAUCAUGUAAUGUCGGCAUAAAAGCGUGUGACAUUCGCUCAUGCACUCUUUCAAAUAAGUUACCAGAAGAUUUCUCUGUUUAA